CCGCAAUCCACACGCACCAAUCUUUCGGUGAAACGAAAACAAGCAUCGACGAUUUUCGCAGGCUUUCCACGAUUCUUCUCGGCGAAGAGGAUCAGAGGAAAGAGGGGAGAAUGAGUUAGAGAGACACGGGCAAAGGCGCGGGGAGCCAGCGACACGAGACCGAGCACGCCGGCCUUUUCUCACCCUCGAGAAACACCCUCGUUCCGUCACUCUUUUUCCCCCAACGAUGCAGGUACGCCUGAUCAUCCUGGUCGCCGGUCCUGGUGAACAGACGUUGGGCCAGCCGACGCGAGAACGAACGACGGUGCAACGGUGACCGGGACCCCGGUGAUGUGUUGUCGUCUCUCCGCCGGCAUGGAGGCGGCGAAUGGCGCGAUCGAGCACGACUUUCACAACGCCCUGGUGCCUAUAAACGGUAGCCAUUCCGGCAGCUCCGGCAGGAGUACACCGAAUGGCGGUGAUCCGGCACCUGGUAAACUGUUCGUCGGUGGCUUGUCCUGGCAGACCAGCAGUGAGAAGCUCAGGGAGUACUUUGGCAUGUUCGGUACCGUCACCGACGUCCUGAUCAUGAAGGAUCCGGUUACACAGCGUAGUCGCGGCUUCGGCUUCAUCACGUUCGCCGAGCCCGGUAGCGUCGACAAGGUGCUGAAGUGUCCAAUCCACACGUUGGACGGCAAGAAGAUCGACCCGAAACACGCAACGCCCAAGAACCGCGCCAAACAGGCGAACCGCACCAAGAAGAUCUUCGUCGGCGGCGUGAGCCAGGACACCAGCAGCGACGAAGUGAAGGCCUACUUCAACCAGUUUGGCAAGGUGGAGGAGACGGUGAUGCUGAUGGACCAGCAGACGAAGCGGCAUCGGGGCUUCGGGUUCGUCACGUUCGAGAACGAGGACGUGGUGGACCGCGUGUGCGAGAUCCACUUCCACACGAUCAAGAACAAGAAGGUCGAGUGCAAGAAGGCACAGCCGAAGGAGGCGGUGCAGCCGGGCGCGUUAACUCUUGGCAAGAGGGUGGUGUUGGGCGCGCUUGGUGUACGAUUGGCGCCACAGCCACCGCUGCCGGUCGCCGCAGCUUCGCAGAUCGUCGCGGCCCAAGCACAGGCCCAAGUGCAAGCUGCUGCAGCUGCCGCCGCUGCCGCCCAGGUGCAGAACGCCGUCGCUGGUUACGGAAAGCUGUUCGCCGCUAGCAGUUAUCCGGCCCUCUCCGCCUACCGAUACGCGCCAUACCCGAUCCCGGCGGCGGCGGUGGCCGCGGCUGCGGCCGCAGCAGCACCGGCCCCGGCUCCGGCCCCACCGGCGGCCGCCGCCGCUGCAGCCGCUGCCGCCGCUGCUACCACCCCCGCCGCGGCUGCAGCGGCAGCGGCUGCGCCCGCCAACCCCUACCAGGGAUACUCGCUCACCAACGUCGACAUGUCCAGCUUCCAGGGUGUCGACUGGGGCUCCAUGUACGGAAUGGGCAUGUACGUUUAAAACGCUCCAUGACGUUGCCAUCGUCGUCGUCGUCGUCGUCGUCGUCGUCGUCGGCUGCUACUACUACUACCACCGCACGCUCGCCUUUCACCCAACAACAAUGUGUGUGACACAACGCUCGACUCUGCGACUCUGUGGAAAUCCGAUCGACCGAAAUGGGGACCAGUCUCUGUGUCCUUCGCUGAUGAUUCUUUCCCGCGACGCGAACUCGCCUCGUUCCUCCGUUUCCUCCAUUUCUUCUCCGUCUGUGUCACAUUUCCACGUGGACUCUCGCACGUUAAGUUGCUCGCCUCGACAUGCCCCGACGCGCAAUCUGCGAGUUCGAGUCAAUCUCGAAAACUCUCGCGAUCGUCUUCCCCUCGGAUACAUCACCCUGAAACGAGUUUUUCUUCUUGUUUGUACAAGAUUUGGUUUAUCGAGCAAGUAAGUGCUGCUGUCGCGCGUGGAAAUCGGCGGGAGAGAAAGAAACGAGAGGAGAGCGGAUACGCACGAGUGUCGCAGAGUCUUUCCUCCCCUUCGAACAGGGCACGAGGAUUCUUCCGACAGGCCCAAGUGAUUCUUCUACUUCUUCUUCUUCUUCUUGCGUUUAUUGUUACUCGUCGUUUAUCGCUUGUCGAUUAAUUUAUUAGCGAGAGAGAAAGAAAGAAAGGGAGAGAGAGAGAGAGAGAGAAUACAUGUGUGUAUGUGCGCGAGUGUGCAUGAGACACAGCGAGGACGAGAAAAGACGCAACUAUCAUCGCGCGCGUGCAUUAAAAAAAGAGCAAACAGUCGCGCGUAGAUUCGAUCGUAUCGCACGUUUCGUUCGUCAAUUAUCCUACGUACGUUUUUUUUUUCCUUUCAUUUGAUUUUUAUUUUCUCCAUUGCGAUUGUUUCGCCAAUCUCACCGAUUCGGUUCCUAGCGUUAGACUUGGCUCCGACGACACGAUACGCGCGACGUUGUUCCACCGCGCUCACCCGCGUGCGGUAUAUAAUUAAUCACUUAAUUAUUUAAAAAAAAGUAGGAAAAAAAAAAAGAAAAAAAAAACGAUAUCGGCGGUCAUCGAGCGACCGUUGCACUCUCAAGGAUCUCGACCACGAAGCAAUAAAACAGGGGAGGUAGAUUGAGAAACAGAGAGAGAAAGAGAAACACAUUUUCGAUGCGUUACACCGCGUAUGACCUCGCGAACCACCGACUCACUCGCUUCAUUUUUUCACGUUUCUUUCAUCGUUUCUCUCCAAUAUGUGUCAGACGAUUUUUCGUCCUUUGGAAUUUCCAAAAAGUUCGCCAAUUUCGAACGAAAGCACGCGGCAAGUGGAGGACACGCUUUACGCUUUACGCUACCUUGUACGGUAGACUGGAAAAGAUGCUCGAUGCCCGAUCGUUAGAUUGUUAAUUAACAAAGUGUAAAAUCAUUUAUUUUCUCUACGUUUUGAGAUACUUUCCAAGCAUUUUCCUUUCGAAACGGCAUCAAAAUUAUUUCAAUUAUAAAUAAAAAAUUCAUCGAGUCAAAUUUUUUUCAAUUUUCUUCUCAGAAUAAGAAGUUUAAUGUGCAACUAUUUAAACUUAAACUGAUUGUGAAAUCGAUUGUGAAAUCUGAUUGUUGCUACCGAUAGUUUGAAUCAACGAUGAUCACAGCGAUUCUGCGUCAUCUCGAGGGGUUAAAUUUUAAAGGAACGCGAACGAACUCGUCGCAGAAACUGACGAAAGUUCGUUGUCACUGUAGAAAAGUCACCAUUUGUUUGUUGAUCGGUAGUGGAGCUGGGCAAAAGGAAAUCUGCCGUGCAACUCGACACUAUGCAAGAGCGACGAUUGCGAUCCGCGACACCCACCCCUUUCUUCCGCUCCAGAGAACGAGGCAGUUCUCCCUAUAUCUGUGUCCCGCCGACGACACAUGUAACUCCUCCGCCUCGGUCAAAGUGCCAAACGAAGCAUACGUGGAAACUCUCCUAAAUCCAUCCGUUUUUGUCAGCUUUCGUCGUCGUGUCUAUCUCCUUUUUUUCCACCCACACACGGUAGAACUCCUAGUCUGUAUUUUUUUUUUUUUUUUUCAAAACUUGAUUAUUCCUAACGAAAAUUUUGUAAAUCAGUUUUGGAUCAGUCGAAAUUGAAGGCUAGAGAUUUCGUGUAUAUACAUAUAUAUAUCGUAAAUCAAAGUGUAGAAAUUUCGUAAAAUGUAGAAAAAUAUGUUUGAAAAUUUCCCUUGAAAUUUGUCGUUAUUCAUACAUUAUCACUGCAAUAGAUCACUAGAUUCCAAGGAGGUUCUACCGUACCUUUCUUCUCUCGCUUUUUAUUCAAAUUGCCGCGCGACCCGCGCGUGCCUUCGUUCGUUUGGCGAGACACGGUCGUUCGCGCUCGGUCAACGCGGUUUGCGAACGCCUCGCUGUCAAACCGAGAAAACAAACACGUAGAAAGAGAGAGUAGAGAAACAAAGAAAAAAAAAAAAAAAGAAAAAAAGAAAAAAGAAAACGAGAGGGAUGGCGUGACACACUCGAAACACGGAGAACGCGUUUAAAUAAGAUAGCGCAUAGGUAUACAUAUAUUUUUCUUCGAGUAUAACGGAAGACAAUAUUUCUCCACUUUCGCGCGAAUAGAGCAGCCACGCGAAUUCGAUACGCGGCCACACGCAGAUACAAAAGAGGGAAAGGGAGAAAAAGAUGAAGAAGAGAGAGACGCUCGGUUUUCUUAGGUAUACCGAAGAGAUGUCGCGAGGAUGUUAAAAAAAAAAAAAAAAAAAAAAAAGAGAGAAAAAAAUCCGCGACUAAACGACGAUAAGAACAGGAACCCAAGAUUGAGAUUAGCUCAGCGUUAAUUAAGCGAGAUACCUAGUUCGUAAGUUGAAAAGAAAAAAAAAAAAAAAACGCAGGUUAAGGCUUAGACUUUUAAGGAGUUCGUAAGAAAAAAAGAGAAAAAAAAGAGAAAAAAAGAGAGAAAGAGAGAGAGAGAGAGAGAGAGUGAACAAAACGGCGAGUCGAUACUUAAUUUAUACGUCUCCGCGGGCACCGCGUUGCUCUCGCUUUUUCCGCGAUUAGGGGACCGAUCGAAGUGUCUGCCUUCGCGGCUCGAUCUUCCGCCACUUUCGAUCCACGUGCACGAGGAUUAGACUCUUUGACAUCGAUCCUUCGCGCUUCGAUCUUCGUUCUUUUCACUUUGUAGGAAUUUUGUUUUUGCUUUUCUUUUCUCCUGCUGUUUCGUUUUCAUUGAUGCAUGAAACCAUACUAACAAUCGUUGAGCAUAAUUGUCAUUAUUAACAAUCUUCUCUUGGGAGUCAAUCAAUCGAUAUCGUCCCGAAUGUACGACAGCGAAUGCGUGUCAUUAGGCCACGGAUGUUUGUGAAAUUUUCAAUUUUUACUUUCUUAAAAUAAAUUUUAAAUGAUAGGUAAUCUCUGAUUUAAGGUUUCAAUUUCCCCGAGCUGUGAAUUUAUCAUCGUGAAAAUAUCGGUGAUUUAUCGAUCACGAAAAAUUCAUUUCAUUUAUUAAAAAUAUCGUGAGAACUUUAUUUUGUAUAAUAACUUACGCGUCUUUGUAUUUUUAAUUAUAUAUUUCUGCAUACAUAUGUGUGUGUGUGUGUGUGUGCCUGUAUACACGUAAGAAUUCUGGUACUUGAAGUUCAAAUUAGAACAAAAUUGAAUGAUAAAGCGCGUGUUAAAUUCGUUUGAAGCGAAAUUAAAUUGAAGCGUUAGAAAUUAAAUGGUAAAAAUGCAUGAGAUUCGAGUAAAACUAAACGAGCAAAUCCAUUAGGUUAAAUGAUCAAAUGGACGAACAUCCGUUGUCUAAUUACCAUUAUCGCGUGUAUAAAUCUCCGAGUAACAAUAAUUAUCUCUAAUAACGAGUCGUCUCAGCGUUAAUUAAAUUUUCAUCAAGUCGAUAUCUUGACGAUGAUAAAGCGCGAAGGAUCAAUCGCACGACCGAGACAGCAUACGUAAAUUAACAUUCAGAAUCUACAAUUCUUCUACGUACUUGCUCUACUCAUUUUCACUGAUUCGCGAAUGGUUAACAAACGAUUUAAACGAUCGAACGGAAGAUCGACAGAUGAAACGAAUCACGCGCACGCAGACGCCGCGAUUCGCCGCUGACGGAAUCUGGCAAACGACGAGAGGAUAAAAGAGAGGAAAGAGAGAGAGAGAGAGAGAGAGAGAGAAUCGUGGUCAGCGAGAGGAACGCGGUGCCGCGAUACAAAUGUGAGCAACUUCGAGCAAUAAGCGAUCUACUGAAACUUUAAGCUGUGUACUAUUUAAGUUUAACGAGAUACGAUAAGCGUGACGACGCGAGAAGGGUGAGAGGAAAAAAUUGCGAGAGAGAGAGAGAGAGAGAGAGAGAGACGCGUAAAGUGAAUACUUAUGCGAAAGGAGAGAUUCACCACUUCGACGGAGAAAGAAAAAGAAAAAAAUACGAAAUACGAACGAGAGAGAGAGAGAGAGAGAGAGAGAGAGAGAGAGAGAUCCUCUUGCAAACGACAAGUAAUAUUCUUUAGUGAUAUACACCUUAAAACAUAUACUUAAAAAAUGUACCGUAAUAUUAACGACGACAAAGCUCGCGAGUGAUAUUUAUGACUUAUUAAGGUACUUAGACGAUUAAGACAAACAAACAAACAAAAAAAAAAAUGAAAAACAGAAAAAAGAAAAAUUCGAAAGAGAGAAAGAGAGAGAGAGAGUGAGUGAGAGAGAGAGAAAGAGAGAACACGAGAGAAUGUGAACGAGAGAAAGAGAGUGUGAAAUGAUAUUGAGAGAGUGAGAUAACGAAGCACGCCUUAAUAAUACGAGAGAGAAGAAA